UCUCACACACUCUCUCUCUCUCUAAUACUCUUCUUCUCCACCAAGUUAUCAGCUUUUUAUCAUCUUUUUUGGUUCCUUUCUAUCAAAGCCCCAAUCUCCCUCUCUCUUUAUCCUUAAUUUCCUUUCAGCUUUUUCAGAUCUCACCACCUCCAUUUCUAAUUUUUCUUGUUAAUCUAAUAUCUUAUCUUCCAGGGUUAAUAAGAUCAAGGCAUUCGAGUGAAAGCUUUUUUUUUCCCCCUCUGAAUUGAUGCUUGAGCAUGUGAACGUGAAUUUUGGGAUUUCUCUUUUUUCGGGGUAAAUUCGAGUACUAAGAGAAGGUUCUUAUUGUUUAAAAGUUGGAGGUCUGGGUCUCAUGAGAAUUGUUAGGGGAAUGCAGAGAUUGUUUUGUGAGAACGAGGAGCUGAACGCACUGGGCUGGAAGAAUUCCUUCAGCCAAGGAAUUGGUGCCACUGCGCCCAAGGCAAGAACGCGCGACAAAGCCAUGAUUACUGGGGUCUUUUGUAGUGUCUAAUUUUUUGGUCAUUUGGAGUCGAGAAUUGGUGUUUGGAUUUCAGUAACCGAGAAUAAUAAAAAUUGAAACCAAUGACUCGGAUUUUGGUUCAACGAGGCAGCGGUUCUUCUUCUUCAAACCAGAGUCGAGCGGGGUCCUCUUCGGCUGCUCGGCAGGAGACACCGGUUACAGCUACGACUCAGGUCGUUUCAGCUCUGAAAGAUGAUGAAAUUGGUGAUGAGGCACAGGAACUUGUAGUUGUUGAUGAGUUAUUGGAGUAUUGCGGUAGUAGUGACAACAAGGCAUCUAAAAGCGAUGAGCUUUUGAUAGAAGGUUUACAUGGUGAUAGGAAUGAGAGUUUGAGUGAUGAUAUUGUGGAUAAUGAGAAAUUGGUUAAUGCUGAGUGUGUUGGAUCAGGGGACUUGAUAAAAGGAUUGGGUGGGUUGAGGAUAUUGGAGAGACCUGCAGCUGAGAGUGAAAGUUCAAGCGGCGAUUCUUCUGGGGUUGGCAGUGGAAGUGCACAACCACCACCCCCUCCUGUGCCACCUCCAAAGCCUCUGGCAACAAAUUCAAAUACAAACUCAAACUCGAGGAGAUUUGUAUCAGGGAGUUCAAAUUCUGUGCGAAUUGGAUCAUCCAGAAGAGCAGCUGCUUGGCCUAUUGUUUCUACAAGGACUUCACCAUCAGCGUCUCGGCCUUCCUCUCCUAGGUCUCAUGUUGAUAGUGAGGGGUAUAAUAGUGCUGAUGAGCAGAACCCUUGCUUUGUUUACUCCUAUGAUGAUUUGGAAAGAGAACGUCAGUUUGAGAUUGACAUAAGGCGGUCUAAAGGAUUAGAAGUCAAAAGAAUGUUGGAGGAUGGGAAUUGUCUCUUCCGUGCUGUUGCAGAUCAGGUGUAUGGAGAUUCUGAAGUGUGUCAUUCGAUUAGACAAAUGUGCAUAGAUUAUAUGGAACGAGAGAGGGACCACUUUUCUCAGUUUAUAACAGAAGGUUUUACAUCUUACUGUAAGAGGAAGAGAAGAGACAAGGUCUAUGGGAACAAUGUAGAGAUCCAAGCUUUAUCUGAAAUGUAUAACCGGCCAAUUCAUAUAUAUUCUUAUAGCACAGAACCUAUCAACAUAUUUCAUGGGGGCUAUAACACGGACACACCACCCAUAAGGCUGAGUUAUCAUCAUGGUAAUCAUUAUAACUCUCUCGUUGACCCACGGCAACUGACAAUUGGUGCAGGACUUGGUUUCAGCUGUCUUCGAGGGACAAAUGUGGACAGGGAUCAGGUGAAGGCUGCAAUUAAAGCUCAACAAGAUCAGCAGAUUGAUAAUGCACUUUUAGCGGAAGUGCAGUUUUACUCGGAUCUUGAGCUUACUGAGAAGGAGAUUGAACGUAUGGUGAUGGAGGCCUCUCGAGCAGAGUAUCUUGCCAGUGACAAAUUGAAGCAGCAACUUGGCUACAAAGAAUCUUCUACGUCUGGUGCUGAACCAUCAUCAUCUGGAGCUAGAUCGUCAGGCAGUGAGACCAAGGUGAGAGAACAGAGUUUGCAGGACACUGUUCUGAGCAGUAGUGUGCAGAUGGUUCUGUCAAUGGGAUUCCGCUAUCGGCGAGUGAUCGAGGCGUACAGCAUAUUUGGCGAUGAUGUGGAUGCAAUGGUUCGUUACCUAUUGGAAACUGGCAGUAGCAGGCGCAAAGGCAAAGCAACCGAAUGAGCAAAGCCACUGCUAUAUAUAUCAGAAGCAGAAAUUGAAACUUGUCCUAGGAUUAAAUUGCUUUAUCCCAUACUGACAUCGUAACUUUAAAAGUGAAAAGUGAAAGACCCGGUCCGAUUCAAUCAGAAGCCUUUGCUGAAGUAUGUUGUUACUCAAGUUCAAUCAAUAAAAGGAUUAGUAGUUUAUGUUAAAAA